AUGUCUUUGACAAACGUCUAUCAUCUGCGCCGAGUUACAGACACCUCUGCGAAAGCAUGUUUAAUCUGCUACAAGCCGUCAACCAGCGUGAUGAUCACACCGGAUAACAAGGACUUCUUCUACGUGUGCCCCGCACAUCUCCAGGACCGCCACUUCUGCUCGCCCAUCGUCGACGCCGAGAGCGAAGCAGCGCGUUUGAAAGAGCAGAAGAUGGCUGAAGAAAUUGAAAAGGUCAAGAAGGAGUAUGAGGAGAAACAGAAACGGAAGAAGGAGCGCGAGAAGCAAUCCAGCAAGGAUGAUAAGGACAAGGAAAAGGAGAAAAAGAAGGAAAAAGACGAUUCCAAAGACAAUGAUUCCACCAAUUCAAAGACAAACCUGGAGAAGGAAAGAGAUGAUAAGAUCGAGUCUAUCGAAAAGGGGACAGAGUCAAAGCCAGAUAGCGGCCCUCGAAUUUUCGCACUACACAAGACAUUCUACCAAAUGCGCAUCGAUCGGCUGAGAGGCAUCGAGAUGGCCAAACGAAAUCAGGAGAGAAUGAGAAAUCCUUCCCUGUUUCCUUCUGUCCCCAACAAGGAUCUCUAG